AUGGUGUCGGAGAUCGCCAGCACGACCGUCGUCGCGCUUAUCGCACUGUCGCUCGUCGUGCUAUAUUUUGUCCACCCCGCCGAUGAUGCAUUGGCCGCCGAGGUGCUGCUCGGAGACGGGAGAGAGGACGAAGGCUGGCUGCCUCCGAUAUUCGUGGACUUCACCGGAAAGUGGGAUCCACCGCUGCACGCGCCGGAGGCCAUCUUGGAAACAAAGAGGAUGGGCGCCCACGGAAUCAAGCUCCGUCUGAACAUCACGGACACCGGUUCCUGGGUCCUGCUCUCCGACGAGGAGUGGUCUCCGGCGGCAAACCUCUACGGGAGCCUUCACUACGGCGUCAAGAUCAUGUUGGAGGUCGAGGAGCACGAUGACCUCGAUGCGAAGCUCCUCGCCUAUCUGUUACGCAGGUGGUCCGAUAUGCCCGGACGUGUCCUGGUGGUGUCUUCCAGUCCGAUGUUUCUCUUCGCUCUGGGAGGCAACAACAAGAACAUCGUGAAGGCACUGGCUUGGCGACCUUGCUCUGUGGCCUACAAAGACUGGGAGUGCACCAUGCGACGCAACGAGAAGCUCAGCUGGCACCUGGUGGCGUUGGCCGCCGACUGGCUCUACGCGUGGUGCUUCGAAUGGGGCCUGCUGACUCGCGUCUCCAUGGCUUCGGCCGUGGUGGUCGACGCGAGUCUGGUCAGCAGCCGUUUCGUGCGCCUUUGGAGCGACCGGGGUCUGCGUGUCGUGGCGCUGGCGUCGGACGACCCGGGCGAGCAGGAAUACCUGCGCCGAGUUCUCCGGGUGCCCAUUGUUGCCGACUACACUAGUUUGCCAGGCUGUGAAUGGUGUUGA